CUGUCCUCCACAUUCGAUGUGCACCAUACGCCGAUUGUAAAAACGCCGACAGCAAAGGUCAGAAAUUCUUCUGCCAAGCAGGCGCCUGCCACAUUCAGUAUACCAAAGGAGCCCCUGCCUACGUUCUUUGGUAAAGAUGAUGCUCCAGUUCAGCUUAAAGCUUCACUUGUGAGACUUCCUUCAGGACAGAAAGACCUUAACAAGUCCAAGCUGGUCCCUCCAAUCGCCAAGAGCACCAAGUCGUUACCAGAAAUUAAUUCCAUCUCAGGCAGCUAUGUUUGGGAUAACACCAAACCCACAGAGAAGAGCAGUGAAGAAGAAGAGAAUAUUGCCAUUGACCUCUUAGACUUGACUACUGGAGACGAGGACGAUCGGGAAGAGAUGAUCAAUUCUCUCCGACAUCUGCGGAACAGUGCCGCUAAGAAGAGAGCGAAAAUGAGCGGAAGUCUUUCUGACCUCGACAGCCCAGACUCCAUGAAAAUAGAUCUGAAUAUGGAUUCUCCAUCUUCGACAUCGUCACCAAUUAAUGGAUCAUACAGUGAGAGUGGGGUGUACAGCCGAGAGUCCCUGACCUCACCGCUCUCUCCUACACCACAGUUGAAGAGAUU